UUUAAUUAAUUGGGCGAAGGCCGACUGCGAUCUAUAACCGAAUCAUGGAUGCUUCGCGACCUUUUGCUCCUCCCACCGCCGCCGUUUCUCCGUCCCAUGUCUCUCCUCCCCCGCCUCCGCAUAGGCGUCCCCUUUACGUUCGGCCCUAGCCGCCGCGCUCUCACCGUCCUUGCCACCGCCGCCUGGCAGGGAGCAGCCACUUGGACCCCGGCGCCCAUCAGCCUCGUCGCGCCUGCCGACGCUGACGCCACCCUCUUCCACGUCGCGGUCGACGUCUCCGACUCCCCCGAUCUCGCCUUCUCCUUCACCUCCCCGGGCCAGUACCUCCAGCUCCGCGUUCCUGACGCUAAAAAGCCGGUCUUUCUCGCCAUCGCGUCACCGCCCUACUUUGCUGUCUCUCGUGGCGAGUUCCAGUUUCUCGUGAAGAGGUUCCCCGGGUCCACCGCCGAUCUUUUAUGUGGACUUGAGAGGGGCGAUGUCGUCGAGCUGAGUGAAGUCAUGGGUAGGGGAUUUCCAAUAGAGCGCAUCUCAUCCCCUGACGCCUUCCCCACCGUCCUCAUAUUUGCCACCGGAUCUGGAAUUAGUCCCAUCCGUUCACUUAUCGAGUCAUGUUUCAAUACAAAUGAAAGAUCAGAUGUGAGACUUUACUAUGGCAUUAGAAACCUUCAGAGGAUGGCUUAUCAGGACAGGUUCAAGGAUUGGGAAUCAAGUGGAGUUAAAAUAAUACCUGUUUUAUCACAACCUGAUGAAAGAUGGAGUGGUGAAAGAGGAUAUGUACAGGCAGCUUUUUCAAGAGAUAAAAGGAUACUAAAUCCUUUGUCAACUGGCGCUGUACUUUGUGGGCACAGACAAAUGGCAGAGGAUGUUACAUCGGAGCUCGUCGCUAGUGGUGUAUCAAACGAAAAAAUCUUGAUGAACAUCUAACCUCUUUCUUUUUUGUUGUUGUAGCGUAAGCACAUGAUCAACUGUAUUCUUUUGAUAUCAGAUGCUGUGAUCGUCUGAUUGAACAUGAAGUAGAAAAUAAGUUAUUACAAUUUUUCCCACCUCAUUACAUGUAUCAAAUCGAUGGUUCCUCAUUGCCGGGGACAUGUACUGAAUGAUUAUAGAAGUUUCUUUUGUCAA